UUUAUGAAUAUCUGUUUAAUGCUAGAUGAAUUAAGGGCAUACUAUGUGCAAAGUGAUGUGUUAAGCCAUCUGCUGGCGGCGUCCCCUUCUUUCCCAAUCACUUGUCUACUCGGAAACAAAAGCUGCUCUUAAGUCUUCCAGCAGCCAGGGAUCGCUGUAGGAAACACGGCUUCUGUUCACACGUCACUCUUGGACCCGGUGAAGCUGCUGCCCGGAGCUAAGAUGGCGGCGGCGGUGGCUGCUGCGGCCGGGUGCUUGCAGCGGGCCAUUAAAAGGUCGUGCCCAUGGCAAGGCCCCAGCCGUCAGCCGUUCUCAACCGAGUCCCCUCCACUCCAUGGAUCGGCCGUGCGGGACGCCUUCCUGAGCUUCUUCCGGGACCGCCAUGGCCACCGCCUGGUGCCCUCCGCUUCCGUGAGGCCCCGCGGCGACCCCAGCCUCCUUUUCGUCAAUGCGGGCAUGAACCAGUUCAAGCCCAUCUUCCUGGGCACGGUGGAUCCACGAAGUGAGAUGGCAGGCUUCCGACGUGUAGCUAACAGCCAGAAGUGUGUGAGGGCUGGAGGACGCCACAAUGACCUGGAGGAUGUAGGCCGAGAUCUCUCCCAUCAUACCUUCUUUGAGAUGCUUGGCAAUUGGGCUUUUGGGGAUGAAUAUUUUAAGGAAGAAGCUUGUGGCAUGGCCUGGGAACUGCUGACUCAAGUCUAUGGGAUCCCCAAGGACAGAUUAUGGGUCUCCUACUUUGGUGGUGAUUCCAAAGCAGGCCUGGACCCAGACCUGGAGAGCAGAGACAUCUGGCUUAGCUUAGGGGUUCCUGCCAGCCGGGUACUUUCCUUCGGAUCACAAGAGAACUUCUGGGAGAUGGGUGACACCGGACCUUGUGGACCCUGUACUGAGAUCCACUAUGACCUGGCUGGUGGGAUGGGAGCCCCCCAACUGGUGGAGCUUUGGAAUCUAGUCUUCAUGCAACACAACAGGGAGGCAGAUGGAAGCCUGCAGCCUCUGCCCCAGCGGCAUGUAGACACAGGAAUGGGCCUGGAAAGGCUGGUAGCUGUACUGCAGGGCAGACGGUCCACCUACGACACUGACCUCUUCUCGCCACUACUCAACGCCAUACACAAGGGAUGUGGAGUACCCCCUUACUCUGGCCGGAUAGGAGCUGCAGAUGAGGGACACAUAGACACAGCAUACCGCGUAGUAGCUGACCACAUCCGCACGCUCAGUGUCUGCAUCGCUGAUGGUGUCACCCCUGGAAUGUCAGGUGCCCCGCUGGUUCUUCGUCGAAUUCUCCGUCGAGCUGUGCGCUUCUCCACCGAGAUCCUGCAGGCGCCCCCUGGCUUUCUAGGCAGCCUGGUGCCGGUGGUGGUGGAGAUGCUGGGAGCCACCUAUCCAGAACUGCAGAAGAACUCAUCCCAGAUAGCCAGUCUGGUGUCAGAGGACGAGGCAGCCUUCCUAGCAUCCCUGCAGCGGGGCCGGCGGAUCAUCGAUCGCACCCUGAGGCACCUGGGGCCUUCUGAUUUGUUCCCUGCUGAAGUGGCCUGGACGUUGUCACUAUCUGGAAACCUGGGGCUUCCUCUGGACCUGGUAGAGCUAAUGCUGGAGGAGAAGGGGGUGAAGUUGGACUCUGCAGGACUGGAACGACUAGCCCAGGAGGAGGCUCAGCACCGGGCCCAGCAGGCUGAGCCAGUUCAGGAGGAGCGACUGCGCCUUGAUGUCCACGCACUGGGGGAGCUGCAGCGCCGAGGGGUGCCCCCCACUGAUGAUAGCCCCAAGUACAACUACUCUCUGCAACCCAAUGGGGAUUAUGAGUUCAGCCUCUGUGAGGCCCAGGUACUGCAGCUGUAUUCAGAGAAUGGGACAGCCAUAGCCUCCGUGGGGGCAGGCCAGCGCUGUGGCCUCCUCUUGGACAGGACCAACUUCUAUGCUGAACAGGGUGGUCAGGCUUCAGACCGUGGCUACCUGAUACGGGCAGGGCAGCAGGAUGUGCUGUUCCCCGUGGCCCAGGCCCAGGUCUGUGGGGGCUUCAUUCUGCAUGAGGUGGUGGCCCCUGAGUGCCUACAGGUGGGAGACCAGGUGCAACUGUAUGUGGAUAAGGCCUGGCGACUGGGCUGUAUGGAGAAGCAUACAGCCACCCACCUGCUAAACUGGGCACUACGGCAGACCCUGGGACCCACCACAGAGCAGCGAGGCGCCCAUCUUAAUCCAGAGCGGCUGCGCUUUGAUGUGGCCACCCAGACCCCACUGACCACAGAGCAGCUCCAGGCAGUAGAGAGCACUGUGCAGGAGGCUGUGGGGCAGGAUAAAGCUGUGUACAUGGAGGAGGUACCCCUGGCACACACUGCACAUAUCCCUGGCCUGCGCUCACUGGAAGAGGUGUACCCAGACCCCGUGCGGGUGGUGUCGGUGGGGGUGCCUGUGGCCCAUGCACUGGCAGCAGCCUCCCAGGCUGCACUGCAGACCUCAGUGGAGCUUUGCUGUGGGACGCACCUGCUACGCACAGGAGCUGUGGGGGACCUGGUGAUCAUCGGGGAGCGCCAGUUGGUCAAGGGCACCACCCGUCUGCUGGCCAUCACUGGGGAGCGGGCCCAACAGGCCCGAGAGGUAGGCCAGAGCCUGGUUCAGGAGGUGGAAGCGGCCAAGGAGCGGCUGAGUCGGGGCAGCCAGGACCUAGUGGCGGCUCACCGGCUAUCCAAGGACAUAGGACGCCUCACUGAGGUCAUAGAUACCACCGUGAUGCCACAGUGGCAGAGGCGGGAGCUGCAAACCACACUAAAGACACUGCAGCGCCGAGCCAACACUGCCAUCCGGAAGAUGGAGAAGGGCCAGGCUGCAGAGAAAUCCCAGGAGCUGCUGAAGCGGCACUCGAAGGGGCCUCUGAUAGUGGACACUGUCUCUGCCGAGUCCCUCUCAGUGCUGGUAAAGGUCGUCCGACAGCUGUGUGAGCAGGCCCCCAGCAUAUCCGUGCUCCUGCUCAGCCCCCAGCCCACAGGCAGUGUCCUGUGUGCCUGCCAGGUUGCCCAGGGUGCCACGCCCACCUUCACAGCAAAGGCUUGGGCACUGGCUGUGUGCAGCCACAUGGGGGGCAAGGCCUGGGGUACUCAAGUGGUGGCUCAGGGCACCGGAAACACUGCUGACCUGGAAGCUGCCCUCAGGACAGCCCGCACUUAUGCCCUCAGCCAGCUCUGACUAGGCCCACCCAGGACCCAAGUGAACAAGAGGCAAGCACCUGGAGCCACAGAGCCUUCCUGGAGGCUGAAGCAAUGAACCAGAGGCUGGAGUGGCUGAGCCAAAGAUGGCCACCUGGGCCAUGUGACGCAAGGAGACUAGGAGAAGCAGAAGUGGACUGAGAUGCACCAACCCCAACAAAUGUGAAGACUUGGCUGUUGAUGCAGUGAUCACUCAUUAAAACUGUGUCAUAGGAUUGGGA